AUGGCGGUUUCACUGAUUGACUUCAAUCCUAGGUUUGUUCUUGCGGAGCAGCACAAGAUCAAGAGGAGGACAAGGCGGCGGCGUUCUGCACAGAGUGGCGCCAGUGUUUCCAGUCAUCAACCUGACCUGCAAUCAAUUCAGACGACAACAGAAGCUUCGAGUCCUCCAGACGAUCCCAUAUCCAUCCCCAUAUCGGGCGAAUCCAUCAGUCAGCACCGGCCACAGCCUCUCAUCCCCACCGAGGCAGACAUAGUCGACGAGUCUCUGGCAAAGACCGCGUUGACUCGAUUCUACCAGCAGAGCAUCAACACUUCCACCUGGACGGUCUUUGACGAGACUUCGAAUGUUCGCCUAGCGUACAUUGGCACCCCGGUCUCCAAUCUAGCCAGCCUCGUGGAUGAGGAAGCGCAUUUUAGCGGUUCUCAGUCAGGUUCUCUUCAUCUCCCGUUUCCUUCGAUAAGGCCGGUCAAGCCGUGGAAGCCGGCAAAGAGCUUGCCCCUGGUGAAAUGGUACUCUUCAUCGUUCGUCGACGACAUUUCGGCCUUGCCGGUCAAAGACGUCCGGGAUAAUCUCGUGGAUUCUUUCUUUUCACACAUCCACCCGGGCUUCCCCAUCGUGGAUGAAGGCCUGUUUAGAAGCCAAUAUGAUGACCCGAACAAUCCACCGCCGCUUCUACUCCUCCAAGCAAUCCUUCUUGUCGGUGCUCAAAUCUCUGAUCAUCCGAAGGUCGCUAAGUCCCGAUCACUGGUGAAAAUGGCGCUCUUCCGACGGGCUAAGGCGCUAUUCGACUUGCACUACGAGAACGAUCGGAUGAAUCUCGUACAGGCUGCCUUGUUGUUCACCUGGCAUUUUGAAGGCGCCGACGACGUGAGCUCGAAUGUCUAUUACUGGGGGGGAAUCGCUUGUCGGAUCGCCUAUGGUCUCGGGAUGCAUCGCGAUCUGUCCCAUACGGCGGUGAACAGGAUGCCUGCUUGUGACCGACGUCUCUACCGAAGGAUAUUUUGGACGCUGUUCCAGGUCGAGACCUUGGCCAGCCUGCACCAUGGACGGCCCAUGAGUAUUGACCCAGAUGAAACGGAUCAACCACCCCUAGCCGCCGACGAUUUCAUCGAAGGCAAUCAAGAACUCAACAAGAAUGUAAAGAUCGACUACUGCAUCCAAAAUAUGGCCCUGUGCCGGAUCCUGCAGGCCAUCAUCAAGUUUUCCUCUCCUGGUUCUCUCCGCCGGCAUGCUGCGGAUCCAGGCUCUUUCGAACUCACCCGGGCCUCCCUCGACUCGAGGCUUGCUGGCUGGUAUCUCCGUCUCCCAGCAUCGGUGGCCAACUUUUCCAAGCCUGGCGCCGACUUCUGGUCCCUCCAGCUCCAGCUGCAUUACAACUUGGCAUUGCUACAUCUGCACCGCAUGCCCGACCUAACAUAUCCAUCAUUCAAAGUGGACCCAAGCCACACAUCCAGCAAGACCUGUCAUACCGCGGCCCUUUCGAUCGCCAGACUGUUCGACGACAUCUCGGCCCGGAAUGGAGUCAGGCAGUGCUGGUUCACCGCCUUGACGAUCCUCCUCGCUGCCGCCAUCCAGAUCAGCCACGAAGCCCGCCUCGCGGCCAAGGCGAACAUGACUGUGCUCGCGCUGCAGGCGCAAAGUCAGCUGGAAAGCCUGUUACCCGUCAUCAAGUCCGUCUCCGAGUAUUGGUCCGGCGCCGAAGCCAUCCUACACCUCUACACCGACCUGUUGAAGCAGCUGAAACGGCAGACGCAGUCAUCGUUCGCCACCCAGACAGACGUGAAGGCGCACUCUAAUGUGUCCUAUGAGCUUCCGUCCCCGACGAACGUGAACAGAUACGCAAGUGAUGCGGAAAUGUCUCCCGAGCAGGGAAAUAACCACCCACUGGGCAGCGUGGGAUACUUGGGGGACGACUGGCAGGCCUUGUUUGGAGCCGGGGAUGGACAACCUGGGGAUUUCCCCGACAUGGAUCUGGGCAUUGCGGGAGUGGACGAUUGGCUGACGCUGCCUCGCCUGAUCAAUCAAACCUGA